AUGGAGUCCGCUCACAGGGCCCUUGCAGGCAAGAAGACGCUAUGGCAGUCUAUUUGCUCGAAUCCCAAGGUCGUUUUCAUCGCGCUCUUUGCCUCUCUCGGCGGCUUUGAGUAUGGCUAUCAGCAAGGUGUCUUGGGCCAGUCCCUUGUCAUGACACGCUUCACGUCCAAUUUCCCUUCGGUUGUCAACUCUUCCUCCGCGACAGGCUGGUUGACUUCCGUGCUCCAGCUCGGAGGUAUCCUCGGCUCUCUUUCAGCUGGUAUUCUCAGCGAGCUCAUUUCCAGAAAGCGCACAAUGUUCAUUGCUUGCCUGUGGGUGAUCCUGGGCAGCUACCUCUACAUCGGCGCAAAGGCCGGCGCGCCAGCUCUGCUCUAUGCUGGUCGCUUCUUUACCGGUGUCGGCGUCGGGCUCUUCAGCGGUGUUGCACCUUUAUACAAUGCCGAGCUGUCACUUCCCGAGAUGCGAGGCUUUCUCGUAUCUUUUUAUCAAUUUGCGACAAUUCUCGGCAUCAUGCUGUCGUUCUGGAUCGGCUACGGCAGCAACUACAUCGGCGGUACCGGCGACUCCCAGUCAGACCUGGCAUGGAGGCUACCUUCUAUUAUUCAGGGAAUACCUGCAGUCGCUCUGGCUGUUGGCGUCUGGUUCAUGCCAUACUCUCCUCGGUGGUUGGUCAAAGUCGGACGCGACGAGGAAGCAAAGGCUACCUUGGCGUGGAUGAGAAAGUUGCCAAUCGAUGACAGGCUGGUUCAGGUUGAAUUCUUGGAAAUUAAAGCGGAGUCGGUAUUUGAGAAGAAGGCCUUCGCGAGGGACUUUCCCAAGAUGGCCGACGCGAGCCAGAAGAAUGCCUUCAAGGAGCAGAUUGCGCAGUACAUCAACUGUUUUCGGACUCGCGAUAACUUCAUGCGCAUCUCGACCGGCUUUCUGACAAUGUUUUGGCAACAAUGGAGUGGAAUUGACGCCAUCAUUUACUAUGCCACUAAUAUCUUCCAAAGUCUUGGUCUGACUUCAGGAACAAAUGCGCUACUGGCAACUGGUGUCACUGGCGUGGUGUUCAUGGCCAGCACGAUCCCCGCGAUGUUUAUUAUUGACAGAGUUGGGAGAAAGCCAAUGUUGAUCGCUGGGUCCAUAGUCAUGGGAAUAUCCAUGGUCAUUGUUGGCAUCAUCGUGGCCAAAUUCAGACAUGACUGGUCAUCGCACGCUGCCGCAGGUUGGGCCGCUGUCGCCUUGAUUUGGGUAUACAUUGCUGGUUUUGGUGCGACUUGGGGCCCGGUCUCUUGGACUCUCGUCUCCGAAAUCUUUCCGCUCUCCAUUCGAGCAAAGGGAACCUCCAUUGGCGCCUUCAGCAAUUGGCUCAACAACUUCGCCAUUGCCUUUUUCGUACCGCCUAUGUUGGAGGCCUGGGCCUGGGGCACAUACAUCUUCUUCGCCGUCUUCCUGGCCGCUGGUAUUGUGUGGGUUUGGUUUUGUCUUCCAGAGACCAAGAACGCGACGCUGGAGGAGAUGGAUCGCGUAUUCAAGAGCCACACUGGUGCUAGAGAUGCUCAACUCUUAUUCGAGGCUCAGCAGGAAGUUGGUCUUACAGCGCUGCUCGAAAACGAGGGCAUGGUUCACGACAAGUCUGGCUCCGUAGCUGUAGUCGAGCAUGCUUGA